CGCUCUUAUAGCGAGCGGCAGAGCGAGGGAAGGGGGGUCGGCGGCGCCCGUAGCUCCUGACGCCUUGUGCUCCUCGCCCUCGCCGGCUUCCUUCCCUGUCACCCUUCUCCGCUGUUGACGCCGCAGCAGGACGGUGGCUCCAUGGCGAUGAACUACAGCGCGAAGGAGGAGGCGGACGGGCACCCGUCGGGCGUCCUCGGGUCGAUGCCAGGAGGCAGCGGCGUCGGCGGGGCGGCCGGGGGCGCGGGCGCCGGGGCGGCCGGGGGCGCCUCCAAGAGCCGCAAGCCCGACAACACGGCCUUCAAGCAGCAGCGCCUGCCGGCCUGGCAGCCCAUCCUGACCGCCGGCACCGUCCUGCCCGCCUUCUUCGUCAUCGGCCUCAUCUUCAUCCCCAUCGGCAUCGGCAUCUUCGUCACCUCCAACAACAUCCGCGAGUACGAGAUUGAUUAUACUGGAACAGAACCAGGCAGUCCCUGUAAUAAGUGUUUAAAUGUAUCAUGGAACAGCACACCUUGCCAUUGCACCAUUUACUUCACGUUGGAGCAGCCAUUUGAGAGCAAUGUGUUCAUGUAUUAUGGACUAUCCAACUUUUAUCAAAACCAUCGUCGAUAUGUAAAGUCUCGUGAUGAUAGCCAGCUAAAUGGAGAUAAUAGUUCUUUAUUUAACCCAAGUAAAGAGUGUGAGCCUUAUCGUACCAGUGAGGAAAAGCCCAUUGCGCCUUGUGGCGCCAUUGCCAACAGCAUGUUCAAUGAUACAUUGACAUUGUUUCGCAUUGAACCUAAUGAAAAUAACCCUGUACCUAUUCAUUUGACUAAAAAGGGUAUUGCGUGGUGGACAGACAAAAAUGUCAAGUUCAGGAAUCCUACUGGAGAUACAAAAAACUUGACAGUACUUUUUCAAGGCACAUCAAAGCCGGUCAACUGGCGGAAACCAGUGUAUAUGCUAGAUUCAGAUGCAGAUAACAAUGGCUUCAUCAAUGAAGACUUUAUUGUGUGGAUGCGUACUGCAGCAUUGCCUACAUUUCGUAAGUUAUAUCGCCUUAUAGAGAGGCAGGAUAACUUACAUCCCACUCUGCCAGCUGGAAACUAUUCCUUGGAAAUAGCAUACAAUUAUCCUGUGCAUAGCUUUGACGGGCGAAAACGGAUGAUCCUGAGCACCAUUUCAUGGAUGGGAGGCAAAAAUCCCUUUCUGGGAAUAGCCUAUAUAACAGUUGGCUCCAUUUGCUUUUUUCUCGGAGUAGUGCUGCUUAUCAUUCAUCACAAGUACGGGAAUCGGAACAACAGUGCAGAUAUUCCCAAUUAGUCCCACCUCUUCAGACCUCACGUACUGCAUGUGCAUCAAGGCCAGUCCAGAGCAGACACAGCUUUCGAAAGCUCUAAUCCUGGAAAACAUUGCUUCUGAGAGAGAAUGCAUUAGUAUAUCUGAAGCCUUUGCUCCCCAAACAGUGGAUUAACAUGAAGAUAAUGACUAGAAAAGAUACCUGUGUACAGUGUGGACUAGAGGAGAUUGGAGGUUUGAUUCUCUUGCUGGAUGGGUGCCAUGAUGUGCAUUUAGUCUUUCCUUGCAUAAUGCAUCUGCUGCUUGUUGGUGUGCUUUGUACUAGGUCAAUACUGUGUAAAGAUUCUUAGGUGAGAAUGUGUUAUGGUACAGUAGCUUAGCCUUCCCUAACCUGAUGCUGUCCAAACAUUUUGGACUUCAGCUGCCAUCUGCCCUGGCCAGCAUGGCCAGUGAUCCAGAGAGCUAGGAGUUGUGACCCAAAUAGACAGAGUACCAGGUUGGGGAAGACUGAAGGAGCUUGUUAAUAUUUAAGAUGGAAGGCAUGCUGAUGCUGUUGAAAGGAAAAUAGGCCUAUCCACCAUUUUGUCACACAAGGCAUUGUGAGCAUGGGCUUUGUAUUCCCUGCUGAAAUACUUGCUACAUUACAAUUGUACAAUUCUGCAUUGAGCCCAGCUACAUGUUUGAAGUUCACAUACGUUCCAGCAAGUGUUCGGCAUGUGAACUUUUGCAACAAAAAAGCAUUCUGGUUGACCAGUGACUUUAAAAACUGCUUUCCACGUGGAAAUAACUGCUACGUAUCAAGCUGUUGCUUUGAUUUCUGUGUGCUGUUCUGUCUUAUGCCCAGCACCUUGCGUAAUCUGAAUUUCUCAGCAUGUCUUCUGUGGAAAUGGAGGGGUUAUGCUCCUAAGCCAGGCACAGCUGAAUGUGUCAGUACAGAAACUUCACCCCCUCUGGUUAAAAGCAAAGCUUUUAAUAAUUUAUUUUAAUAUUCCUAAUUGGGAAGAAGCAUUAAACUUGCUUCAGAAGGUGUUCCAGCAACUUAAGCUCUUGAGUCCUCAAAUGUAACUCGGUUUGCCAUAAAGAGUAAGCUAAAAGUUGAUGUAAUGGGAUAAGUGGGGAAUUUUGCAUUUUGCAGAUUUUCAGUCAAAUCUGUCUAGAUUGUAAGAACCCUAGUCUAAGGAUUUAAAAAUUAUACAAAGUUGCUAUGUACAUGGAAGUUACUUUACAUGAUAUUGGUUUGUCAUUCUGAAUGUUUGUGGUUUAAUAAAUUCAGUCAUUUGUUUAUGAAACGA